AUGCUGAUCGCAUCGAACAUCUGUAUCAAUAUAAUGAGCACAUGGAAGUUGAUACAGCGACGGUGUUACGAUCUGCUCUCGUAUAAGUACUCCUUGCUCGUGAUAUUGUUGGCGUUCACUUGCAUAUUUAUCGGCAUAAUACACUUCGGAGAGGUGUGGCUGACAUGGAGCAAGGAGAAGUACGAGGCGGUCUUUCAUUCCUUCAACGACAACAUCCUGGGGGUUUCCUUCCAGAAGAAAUUGUGCCAGCACGUCCCUAUAGACGUGGUUUACACAUGGGUCAACGGUUCAGACCCACUGUUCCUGGAGAGUCUCCGGAGACAUGUCCCUGUCGUGGAUCUCAGUGCCGCAGCCUCGAGGUUCAAUGACAAGGAUGAGCUGCGCUACUCGUUGCGCUCGUUGGAGAUGUACGCGCCUUGGGUACGGCACGUUUACAUCGUCACUAAUGGCCAGAUACCGAGCUGGCUGGACAUGGAUAAUCCACGGGUGACUUUGGUCACUCACGAAGAUAUCUUUCCAAAUAAAAGUGAUUUACCAACUUUUUCUAGUCCUGCUAUUGAAAGUCAUAUUCAUAGGAUACCUGGAAUAUCGGAUAAAUUUUUAUAUUUCAACGACGACGUCAUGUUGGGCGCAGAAAUAUGGCCAGAAGAUUUCAUUACUCAGGCAGGUGGACAAAAGGUUUAUCUGGCUUGGUGGGUUCCUGAUUGUUCCGAAGUUUGUCCAUGGGCUUGGGUUGGCGAUGGAUCAUGUGAUCGCGCUUGCAACACGACAUUGUGCGAGUUUGAUGGUGGAGAUUGUCAGACGACGGCAAUUCCCUUCGACAGCGAGGCGAUGGAAGACGAAAACGACUACCCGUACAAGUAUCUGCAAGACUCUCGUGAGGUCAAUAGCAACCGACUGAAAUUACUAGACGCCUUACGCAGCAAGAAUCCACCGUGGGACGACAUGGAGGUGUCUACGAUUCAAACGUCGCUCGCGCAGGACCUUAAUAGCUCCAAGUCGCCGAUCCUUGCGUUGGGCGACAUCAAGGAUAUCAACCUUUCAAAAUCACGAGUACAACGCGAUGCGGACAUGCAACAUGCAGCCGACGGAAGGGGCAACAGAGUCGCAUUGGCGAAGAAAUCCCACGACGCCCUGCGCUUCAAGCUGUCACGCAGGAUCAUCUCGGUCAAGACCACCACGAGUCGUACCGAACAAUCGAAGCGAGGCCACCCGAACGACGACAUCGUGAACCCAGCACGGCCGAACGGUCCUGCUAAGUUCGGCAAGUUCGCGUACUCCAAUCAGUCGCGGCACUAUGCUCGAGGCCUCGAUACUUACGCGGAGUCCUUGCUGUAUGUCAACAAGAUCUACAAUGCGGUCUACGGGUUCGAGCGAAGGCGAGUGCCGGCUCAUAUGCCGCACCUGGUAGACAAGUGGGUGGUGAUGAGCAUGCAGCGGAAAUUCGAAGCCGAAUUCAAGAAGACCUCCGCUCACAGAGUGAGAAACUCCGAGGACAUGCAGUUCGCGUUCUCUUAUUUCUAUUUUCUGACCAGUGAGAAGCGGAGGGUGUCGAUCGAAGAGAUAUUCGACGUCUUCGAUACCGACAAGUCGCGAACUUGGUCGGACAGAGAGAUAAGGACGCUUCUGUCGAGGCUGUACCCGCUGCCUCUCGACUACAACCUGGUCAUGGAGUUCGAGAGCGCGAUCACGAAUUGCUCGCGUCGCGCGAACCUGCCGGAUAUCGUCGACGUGCCGCCCGGCGAGAGAUACCUGGACUCGACUCUCCCGGUAGUUUCUAGAGAACUGAUCUCCAGCUGUGAAUCAGUCUCUAGGAGAAUGUUGUCGAGAUUCGGCGUGAGCAGCCGGUACCCGCACGAGGUGAUCAAGGCCGGCAAGAACGAGAUCUUCGAGAUGUUGACGAGCAACGUCUCGCUGACGGUGCAGCUACUCGAUGAGAUCCGACGAGAUCCCAAAAAGUUCAUCUGCUUGAACGACGACAUGGAUCCCAGCCGGCACUCCGAGAACGAGAUCGUUCGCGCUCUGCUGAAUGACUUCUAUCGCUCCCUCUAUCCGCUGCGUAGCACCUUCGAGUUGCCGGCGCAGUAUCGAAACCGUUUCUCGCAGCUGCACCAGCUGCUCGAGUGGAAGGCGAGUCGCGCCAAGGCUAGGAAUCUGCUGCUGUGCCUGGUGACUCUGUUGCUCGCUCUCACGUUCUACCACGUGCUCUCCCAUCACAUGCGGAGGCUCUGCCGAAUCCGAGAGCUACCUACGCUUCUUGUGUGAGAAUUAUCCGACUAUACGGAUGAGAUAUUAGUCAAGUACUACGGUUAAGUGUUUCUCAAUCGGAUAGGAUCAGGAUCAGGCGAGAGAGAGAGAGAGAGAGAGGGGAUCUCUAUCCGGUAAGAACUUCCAGUGUUGUUCUCUAAAACUAAAUAAAAUGAUAUACCUCUCUGUGAUACGGCGAACCAACAGUUUUGUAAUUACAUUUUAAUAA